GUAAUUGUUUCCGCUUAAUUGAAUGUUAUAUCACCAAAUGUUAACCAGUCUGUGAGAAUUACUAUUAGUUGAUAGAUCUUAACUAUAUAAAUUAUGGCGAAUUUCCACCAUGGUUAUUCAAACCCUCAAUCGAAUUUUACUUUCCCCAUUUUUGAUGCGUAACUUUUUGAUGUGCAUUUCAGCUUCAAUUCGAUCGAAAUUAAUCCUAUUUCGUCGGAACACUGACUCCAGCACGUAAACCGGGAGCAAUUGCGUGAAAUUUAAUCAUCUCCGCUGCUGAAUAGACCAUUGGUUAUUGAGCUGCAGUUCACCGGAGCAGGCCCUCUCUUGCCAAGGACAGCCCUCAAGACCUUAGCAAGUAAUAUCUAGCGUAUAUCUUGUAAGAAUGUUUGGCAGAUGUGUUCAGCGAUUUUAUUAUCCAUUUAAGCGUUCAGAGUCGUAUUUCUAAUUUUGAUCUUCUUUCUUUUUUAUUGUUGUUUUUUUUUUCUAUUGUUCGAAUAUUAGGAAAAGAUAAUUUGACACCAUUAAUACCGUUGUCCCAAGUACAAUAAAUUUUAAUCAGAAAUUCAGUGUUUUUGUAAUAUGUGAAGUGUGAAUGAUCCUUCAUAGAUACAAUUAACUGCGUAUUCGAAAGGGUGUCAAAUAGUUGCUCAUGUUUCAAGAUUAAUAGUUAUAUCGGUUCAGCGGGGCAUAAUAUUCGAUUAUUGUACCUUUAUACCCAUUUUACUUGUUCUAAACACCUCUCCAAUGAUCAGAAGCGCUGUGAAACUUUCUGGGCCAACAUACAGGAGCUUUCAGGUCCUUUAAUUAUCUGGCUUAUUCGUAUAAACACUAAACAGUCAGGGACUUACUUACAGUCACAUUAUUUACAAUAUUCUAUGAUUUGACUCCUUCACAAAAUUAGCACUUUAUAAACACUGUGAUGUGGGGGAGGUUGCAGCUUUAAAUCAUGACAAUUAGCUUAAUUAUGUAACUUUCCUUGGUGUCAAUUAUGUAACUAUAUUAUUAUACAAUCGUACAACUGAUGCGUUUCUAGCGAAUCCCCCAACAAGUUUCCUGUUAACAGGCACAAUGGCCACCAGUAGAGUAGACAACAUCAAACCUCUCGACAUUAAGAGACUCAAUGUGCGCAACAAUCACCAUACAAUGGAAACCGAUAAGAAAGUCGAAGAAAUGAGGAAACUUUCUAGUGCCAUUCUCCACACAUACGACAGAGAUAUAGAGGAAAUGAGAGAGAAGUUCGGCAGAUUGCAGACGGUGCGGACACCAGAACCUAAAUCUCGGAGAAGCCCCGAACCUGGGAAAGGUUUAGAGCCUAAACCUGUGAAAAGGCCUACUUCGCGAGCUAGCAGUCUGAAGGUGAGCGGUAGCAAGUCUCAAAGUAAGAGCACGUCAGAUUUAUCAGAACCAGCUCCUAAAAAUGGUGUUUCUAUAACAAAAAGUUUCAAAACGAGCUCCCUAAAGGUGAGGACACCAAAUCUAACAUUCACGACGGAAGCGAGCAAUGGUGCUUCGGCUAAACCAGGACAUACCUUCCCGCGGGGUAAAACCUCAACCGGGGGAACUGUAAAGAAAAGAUCAGGAAGUGUGAAGAAGAAAGCAUCAGAAUCAGAAGCGAACGGACUGAAGAAGGUGUCUCACAGUUAUUGCGAGAAGAUAGUGUACGACUCGGAAACCGGGGAGACAAUAUCAGACGGGGGCUACAUCCUCAACCCUCCCAGACCCAGGUCAACGUCCAUGUUCGAUGCGGACAGUGAAAUUACCGUCCCAAUAAUAGAGGACAGGGAGAUGAACAGGAUAAUGGAGGCAAGGGAGGGGACGAGUGAGGGGACGAGGAGGGGCGAGAGGGAGAGGAGCGUUACAUUGGACGAGGCUCUUCUACAGUUGGGGGAGAACUGCCCAUACAAAGAUUUGAUCAGUUAAAUUAAGAUAUGCCUGAACGGGUACUUGAACUUUGAGUGAAUAAUGUUCUGUGAAUUGAUGAAUUGGGAGAUUAAGUUAGGUAAUGUUUUGGAGGUCCCGAGAAGAUAGCUCGUGCAUUGUUUGACGAUUCAUAGAUAUUCCCAAUUUAUAAGAAUAAUACGUACCUGGUAAAAUUUAUGCAAUCUGCAGAUUAUGACGAUUGCAGGUUGAAAAUCUAGUUAUAAAAUCCAAGCAUUAGUCGAUGACAGUGAGGAAUGAUUUCAGUCGAAAGUAGAAAGCUUUCAUUACGAAGAGUUGUUUUUGUAUUCAGAGCAGAUGACGACUGCAUCUUGUUUAUUAAACAAAGAAACAAAUAUUUUAUAACACGUAAACAUGACUUGACAAUUUAUCAAUCCUUUUCGGCAGAUUCUUAAUUCUUUUAAGAAUUUAACUUUUCGCAGACAAUCAGACUGUAGAUUUAAAAUCUUAACAUUCCUUAAUUCAGUAUGAGUAGAUGAUUUGAAAAGUGAUUCUAGUCAAAAGUAGGACAUUUGUAUGACAAAGAGCUGUGUUGUUUUCAGAGCUUCUGAAGAUUGUCUUGUUUGUUAAAUAAUUGUUUGAAAAACCGAAUUAAGCAAACAACAAAGGUAUUGUUUAACUUGUUUAGAAUACGCCAAACUUUGGAUGCUUAGAAGCUUAGAUAAUAUAAAUGCCACGCAAUUGAGUUGCAAUUUGGCCGACAAGCACAGCCGCC